GCCUUCCUACUUUGAACGUUUAGUCGUUUUGAGUUGUGAGAAGAUGAUCGUAAGUAGUACUUAAGUUACAGAUUUCGUUGAUGAAUUUAUGUACUGAAUUCACGAAUUAGCGGUGAAAUAAAGCUCAAGUUCAGUCAUGGCAGAAGUUAGCAACGCUCAAAUAAUCGCUGUACCAGACGACGUUUGCAGAAGAGCUGGCUUGGCUGCAACCUGGAUCGGCCAAAAUAAAAUCGGAGUUCACGCCUACAAGCAUAUUAAUGCUCAUUCGAAAGAUGUUCCAAGCGGCCUUGCACCCUGUGAGGCUAAGGUUCAUUGCUUGCGGCAAGAGGUGAUUUUGUUCAAACCGGCGCUUCGUAAACUAGUCAAUGAAAGCAAUGGUGUGUUUCUUGCGAUACAGAAGAUUAGAAAUUCCAGUGAUGACGUUAGACCGGAGCUUUUGAAGUACAGCAAACAUUACAGGUCCAUAUUAAGAGCCUGCGUAGAAAAUCUGCAAGAUGUCGUUGAAAAGUCAACGCCAGACAAAAAGUCGACUUUUGAAAAUUACUUGACCAUUUUUUACAACGUCGAGUGUGUCUGGCACCUAACAGAGAUCCUCUAUGUCGACGUCGUCCCAGGAGAUGUGAUACUUCCACAGCUCUUAGAGUGGGUGAGAUUUCACUUUCCAUCCAGAGAAUUAAUGGCCUCAAAAAUACUUGUGAAGAAAAGUUUUACCGCCGAUUUGGAUAAUAUACAGUACUGGGAAGCAGCCAUAGGAUGCGCUUUGCAUGGUAAACUAGAUACCGUUCGCUCGUUGUUAGCUAUGCACAGCAAGGCAGAAAACCCUGCUUUUGUCACUGCCGAAAAUGCUAUGAGGACAAUGCCUGUUUACAAUGUAUAUGGGGGUUAUUCUAUAAACGAAUUUAACAUGAGGUGGAAGCAUUGGCAAUUUGACCUCUCUUCGCAGAUUGAAAGCAAAACGUUUUCUACAGACCGCAAUUUAGAGUUACUUAUGAGGCUCAUAGUUGGCGAAGAACUCGUUCUGUGGGAAUUUUCCAAAUACACGGAAGCAUGGUAUGAGUUAUUGGCUGCACGUUUGUUUUACUCUGCACCCUGUAGCAAACAGCCAGAAUUUGCUAGACAUGCAAAUCAUAUUGCAGAAAAGUGGCGUGCAGGCAGGUAUUUGGAUCAUGUAAUAUUGGCUCUGAUGGAAAGUGAUUUGCACCAAGUAAUCAAGGAAAUUCAACACAUGAGCGACAAUGGAUGGUUUGCAGCACAUCUGACCAACUUGUUGUACAACUGUGGCAGGCUAGAUAUUAUAGACAAGCAUCAAAUAAAUGUUACCUCACAGCUUCAUGAAUCAUUGAUAUUAGAUUAUGCCAGUACUUUGAUGGGUCAUCAUUCACUGUGGCAGUGCGGAGCUAGCUACUUUGAAUACUGUCCUGCUCAAGGAUUAACUAGACUGCAGGCGUUGUUACAGUCCAUUCCAUUGGGUAGUGAAGCACGAGUGAAUAAAAUUAUCGAAAUCGCUCGUCAAAAGAAUAUGACCAAUGUCGUAACUAGUAUCUCCAAAAUACAAGGAAUGAAGUGUAUGAGACAAGGCAGGCUAGGAAAUGCACUUGCCUGGGCAUUGAAGGCACAGGAUGGUGCAUUUGCUACCUUUAUAGCGGACCAAUUUCUGAAAAACUAUGCCAAACAUGGAGAACUCGAAUGUCAAGACCUUCUAGAGAAUUUAGGAAGCUGUAUGCUGAUCAGUGACAGACUUACGUUUCUUGGAAAGUAUUGUGAAUUUCAUCAAAUGUAUGCACUAGGUGAAUUUAAAGACGCUGCUGCCUUAUUAGUCUCGUUGCUGGUCUCUAAUUUAACUCCAAAAUACUUCUGGUCGAUUCUUCUCACCGAUGCAAUUCCGCUUCUGGAAGCAGAGGAUAUUGUACUCUCAUCUGAGGAUACUUUCGAGCUAUUACAAAGUGUCGAAGAACACGGUGACGAUCCGAAAUUUCAAGACAAAAUCGACAUUUUCCGGUUAGCAGCGACAAGAAACUUGGCACGAGCAUUAAAUGUUGAAGGCUGCUGAGGGGAUCAUAUACAUUCAUUACAACAAAUCGAAAGUGAAACUUGGCAACUGAUGUCCAAAAAUCGGUUCUAAAUAAAUUUCAUGAUUAAAUUCUGUCCGAAUGGUCAAAUAUUCGUUUGUUAAAAAGAUAUUUGACUCUUCAACCGAAGUUCAAAGGAAAAAAAUAUCGAGCAUUUGCCAUCUAUGCAGCUGAGAGCUCAAUCACUGCCAUUUUUGAGAUAAGCCUCGAUAAAUGCACGUGCAAACGUACUCUGUCCCUGGAUGUUCCAGUAUUUUAUUUUAGUUAAUUUGUAAGAUAUAGUUUUGUAACAUUAUUUCACCGAAUUUUCAUUAAAAAAAAUGUUAAAAAAAAAAAAAAACUAUUCCC